AUGCCCGCUGCUGCCAGACUCGUCAUCAUACGGGAGCUUCGCCGCGAUGUGCAAAUGCGAGGCAACCUCGCCAGUCUGACCCAAGCAAAGUACAUUUCGUCGGAGGUGUUCUUCAAAGGAGAGUCGACCGUCGAUCUUGAUGGUCUCAAGCUCGCCGCUCUGUUCAUUGAUCGGCACGGAAAGGAUCAGAGUGUCCUGCGAGUAGAUGAUGCCUUUGGAGUGAAAGGAAUAUUGCCGGUCGGUCAUUUUGUCACGACCACGGCAAUCUCUCGUCAACCGAAGUGGAGCCAGAUCCUGCACUGUGAGACGACGAUUUUGAUCUUGCUUCAUCGGAGAAAAGCCGAAGAAAAUAAUGCCUUCUUCCACCGAACAAUCAAGAAGGAAAACAAAAGUGGAGGAAAGAAAAGAAAUCUACGCGGAGCGAUGAAAGAAACAGAGCAGAUCCGAUCCUCUUAUCAGUAUCGAUUUGCAAGGCGAGAAGACGACGUUCGACUUCCGCCUCGCCUGCUGAUCCUGCACAGAGUGAGGGCAAAGGCCAUCAAGAGCAACACAUGUGCAGGCAAGCCUCCUUCAGACAGCGCCGAAGAUGGCCAUUCCGAUCAAGACUGCGAAUGA